AUGUUUCGUGUCUCAUUGCGGUCUGCUUCAGACCCUUUGCGUGGACAUGCCUCCAUCCCAUAUCUAGCUCGCAGGUCCGCGCCGGCCAGCUUGCGCCAGUUCUAUCGGACAACUGCGCUAUUGUCCCAGUCUGAUUCUCAAGGACACGAGUCAGUCGACGCGUCAAAAAAGGCCGGGUCAUCUUCAAGCGACCACUCGCCUUUAGACAACCUCUCUACAAGCCAACCCAACGCGGACCAACCCAAAAGUUCGAGUAACAAGAAAAGUGGAUCAUCGACGAAUACAAAGAGACCAAAUAUCAAACUCAAUGCACGACAAAGGCGCCGAAUUCGAGAGCUUAUCCCAGAUCUCAACCCGUCAAAGCGAGAUGUUUCUGGCUCGAUUCAACAACCGCAGGCGGAACAAGAACUACAACCAGACCAAGCGACGCAUCCUGCUGAAUCAAACGAUGACCUGGUGACUGGCUCAGCACAGGCGUCAUCUGGUAAACCGGCAAGAACCAACACACUGAACUUGAUGUCCACGAGCAACGUAGUAGAGGAAAUCCUCCGAGCAGCUCAGGUACCAAAACGCAAACCCAAGGUUAGCGAGCCCGCAAGUGAGACUCCGAAAGACAAUGAGAACCAGGGCGGCGAAAGGGAAACAUUGACACAUGUUGCCAAGCAUGUUCUGAACAAGGACUGCGGAUCUGUGUCAUCGACAGCAUUACAAUUGACUGCACUGGACCACCCUAUGUCGCCUGUUCCAGGUGUUUCCUUUGGCCUUGAUCGUGUGCUUUUCAACCCUGGUGUCUACCACCUUCGCGAUCCUCGGUCUCGUGUUUACAAUUUUGACCCCUACCUGGGCGAUAUCAUGCCUGUUACAGAGUUCGAUUUCAAUACUCUGAAGCCAUACAUUACAUCUUCAAAGGAUACUGUUCUCUGCGAAAUGGCCCAGAAGACGCAGAAGAAAUACUACGGGUCCUCAUCAAGCAUGACCUCAGCCCUUUCUCAUUUCCAUUACCUUUUGUCCUCUUGGCGAACUAUCGAUACCCGCAACGUUUCCCAGGGAUUCCCUGAGAAACUACGCACCUUCACUCGCCUUCUCCGUGCACCGACUGCCAUGUUCGUCCAUUACAAGGAGAAAGAGGAUGUAUACGCAAUUGACGCCGAUAAAGAAUUUGACUCGGCCAACAUUCUCAUGAACCUCGGAAAGUCAAUGGAGAAACUACUCACACUACCAAAGGAGGAGUUUGAGCGGUACCGCCGGUCCAGUGCCAACAAGAUCACCCCAGAGGAAGAGGAAGCUGUCCCUGAGUCCUACCACUACACCACUUUGGGUAAAUUCCUCAUGCGAUCCCAGCUGGACGCCUAUGAUCCUCGACUGCCAGGUACUGGCAUGUACGAUCUCAAAACCCGUGCUGUAGUCUCAAUCCGCAUGGACGCUGCCAACCACGAAAAGGGAGUCGGGUAUGAGCUCAAGGGUCGAUUCGGCACCUGGGAAUCCUACGAACGUGAGUACUUCGAUAUGAUGCGUGCCGCGUUCCUCAAGUACUCGCUGCAAGUACGCGUUGGCCGCAUGGAUGGAAUCUUCGUGGCAUACCACAACAUCGAGCGUAUCUUCGGAUUCCAAUACGUCAGUCUUCCCGAAAUGGACCAGUCACUCCAUGGACAGCUGGACACCACACUUGGCGAUACCGAGUUCAAGAUCAGUUUAACAUUGUGGGAGAAGAUCAUGGACAAAGCCACAGCCAAGUUCCCCAAACAAUCCCUGCGUUUCCACUUCGAGACCCGAGAGGCCGUGAAUCCCUUCAUGUACAUUUUCGCCCAGCCUGUCACGGACGAGCAAAUCCACGCCAUCCAGACAAGGAACUCAGCCGAGAUCGAAGCUCUCCAAAAUAAACUUCUAGGACUUGGAAACCCAGAAGACGGAGUCGCGGAGCCCGGCGAGAACCAGGAACUCCGCACCUCCAAACCCGAAGACCAAGAGUCAACCGAGGAAUACGACCCGAACCUCAUGGCCAUGACCCUCCUCACCAAGAAUUACGUCAACGGAGAAUUAGUCGAACGUCCCGAGAGUUUCUCAAAGAGAGACACCUGGACUGUUGACUAUGAGAUCAACGAGCUCAGCCCGAAACAGGGCAAUGCCAUUUUACAAAUGUGCAAGACUCGCCGCCGCAAGGUCCUGGAUAAAGAGGAUGACGAAGCCAACACCGAGAAUGUCGAAUUCCUUCAGCGGUUGCGAAACAUCAGUGAGCAGGGCCGUGUGUUCCGCGCUAAGGAGAAUGAGAGAGAUCGGAAACAUGGCAUUGUCGUCUACUCUGAUGGCGUGUCUCAAAACUGA